UAGAGUUUUAGAGAGACAGGAGAGUAAACCACGCAGUGUUCAGUUACCGGAGCUCCGAUAUGUCUGGUUUUAGACGAGCGAGGUGGCUUUAAGUUUUAGGACCUGCCGCCGACCUCGGGGGAGGAAGGGCCCGGCAGGCCAGUGGGGACGGGAGCCAUAGCAUGGGACACAGUGCUAGCAGUGAGACAGUGGCCCAGCAACAAACUACACACAACACCGACGAUGAGGUCGAUCUGCAACAAGGCAAUAAAGGAAGCGAAGAAGGAAGCUCCAGUGGGGGAUCGCCACAAACCAAACGCAAAGGAAAGUUCUCCAAGAUGGGACGGAUCUUCAAACCCUGGAAAUGGAGAAAGAAGAAGCCGAGUGACAAGUUUACUGAAACAUCAAUAGUCUUGGAAAGAAGGAUUUCUGUCCGAAAAAGCCGCCAAGAGCUGAUUGCCAGAGGGGUUUUAAAGGAUAUUCCAGAAAGUGAAAACAAUGAUGUCAACCACUCCAAAGGUCCACCAGUCAAAAACGGACACCCUGUGGACGUGGACAGGAUGUCUCGAGGGGAAUCCGACGCCAAGUUGAAUUCCCUCCGGGUUCCUCAAGCCGAGGAACGUCGAGGCAGAGCGCCGUCCGACGCCUCCCGGAGUAACAGAGCACCUCUGGACGUGGACUCUCACGCUCGACUUCCUGUGGAGCCAGACAGGAGAAGCCGACUCCCAUCCGAUGUUGAUAAGAGAGGAGGAUCGUUACCCCGAGGACCUCCACAGGACGAUAGGUACCGUAGAGAAGAGAGGAGGGAUGGGAAAGACGACCGGGAAGACAGAGGGAGGAAGAACCGCGAAGACGUAGAAAGAAGGGAUUGGCGAGAUGAAAAGGAAAGAGACGGUGGAGUCGACCGGAGGGAUAGGCGAGAUGACAGGCGAGAUGACCGGACAGAAAGAGACAACAGGGAAAGGAAAGAUCGCGAGGAGAAGGAAAGAAAGGAUAGGGAUGAGCGGGAGCGCCGGGAUCGGGACGAGAAAGAACGCAGAGAUCGUGACGAGAGGGAAAGGAAAGACAAGGACGAAAGAGAAAGGAAAGACCGGGACGAAAAAGAAAGGAAAGACUGGGAUGAAAGAGAACGGAAAGACCGGGACGAGCGGGAUAAGGAUAGGGAUCGGCGGCCUGAGAGGGAAAAGAGAGAACAUAGAGACGACAGAAAAGAAGACAAGGAGAGGAAAGACUUGAGAGAAAGAGACGAUAGGGAUAGGACGGAGAACCGAGAGAGGCGGGAGGAUCGGGACAAAAGGGACGACUGGGCCAAGAGGAACGAUAGAGAGCGAAGGGACGAGCGGGAUAAGAGGGAAAAGCCGGAGCCUCAGCGCUCGGUGGACGACCCUCGGCCCAUCGCCAAGCCCUCCUCUGAGAUGGACUUGCGGCCUCCUCUGCAGAAAAGUUCCUCGGAGGAAAACAAGAAGAUCCGCUCCGCCUCGGAGGCCGAUAAGAGGUUCACUCUGCCCAGAUACUCACCGGCUGCAGAGUUCAGGGAACGCUCAGGUAACAUUUUCCUUUGUGUUGGGAACUGGCUUACCUAG